ACCAACCAAUCACCAAAACCAAACCACCUUCAUUCACCCCGCGUAUCAAGUAUCAACUUAGCGGUCAUUCAACGGUUGAAAAUGUAAUAAAUCUGGCCCAAUAACUGAAAAUGCGAGGCAGCGAUCCAACAGUGUCAGAUACGCUGAAUAGAGCCUCUGAUCGGCAGGUACCUGGGUCUAAAAUUUUUCAAAAUCUUUAGCUAAGUAAUGAAAGUAACUGAAACCCCACCUGUCACAGAGUGGGGGGCUGGUUCUUUCAUGGUGGCAAAAACCUGCUGCAGCGCGGGUCCAUUCGUUUCAGCUUUUUGGGCAAAGUGAAUUCCUACACCCUGAACCAAAACCAGUGGUAAAGAAAAAGAGAGGCAAACAAAAUCAAAGAUUAAACAAGCACGACAGGGAAAGCAAAAUCCAGUCCACAAAUACUGCUGCUCCCGGAAUCCUGAGUGAGGCUGUUGUGUGAAGUUUCGGUCUUUUCCCUUCUGCUUCAGGAAACAACCCACAUGGGUUCUCUUCCUCAGUGAUGGAGAGGCUCGGCAAUGUUCCCAUCAAUAUGUGUAGUGGGAAAGUGGCUGCAACAAGAAUACUCCAUUGUUGAGGGCGGGUUUGAGUAGGUAGCCUCGGUUUUUGAAGGUUUGGUGGAGCCAUGGCUUAUGGGGCUUUUAGCGAAGAUGGGUUAGGACAACAGAACAUCAACAAGCAGCUUGCACUUGCUGUGAGGAGUAUCCAGUGGAGCUAUGCGAUUUUCUGGUCCAUGUCAACUGAACAGCAUGGGGUGUUAGAUUGGGGAGAUGGGUACUACAAUGGAGAUAUCAAGACAAGGAAAACUGUUCAAACGAUGGAGAUUGAAGCCGAUGAGUUGGGGUUACAGAGAAGUGAGCAACUUAGGGAGCUCUACGAUUCUCUCUCGGAUGGUGAGGCCAGUCUGCAAUCCAGGAGACCCUCGGCAGCAUUGUCGCCGGAAGAUUUGACUGAUACUGAGUGGUAUUAUCUGGUCUGCAUGUCUUUCCUGUUCAACAUUGGCCAAGGUUUGCCAGGGAGAUCGUUGGCUAAUCGCCAGCAGAUUUGGCUCUGCAAUGCUCAUUGUGCUGAUAGCAAAGUUUUCACCCGCUCUCUUCUAGCAAAGAGUGCAUCCAUUCAGACUGUUGUGUGCUUUCCCAUCUUAAGAGGCGUCUUGGAGAUUGGCUCAACUGAGAAAGUGUUGGAGGACUACAGCCUGAUUCAGCACAUCAGAAGCGUGUUCUUCGACAAUCCAGAUCCCUUAACUUCAGAGAAGUGGAUUACAGGACAUCACGAUGAAGAACUCGAUGAGAUCCUAAUGGAAUCCCAGCUUGUUGUUCCAGGAGUCCACGGUGCAGAAUUCGAGAUGGCAGCAGCUGCUACUUCUCCUCGCAAUGACAGCUCAAAUGAUGAAGCUGCGGAUGAUUCAUUCAUUAUCGAAGGGGUAGAUGGUGGUGGUGGUGGUGGUGGAGUAGCUGAAGCUUCACAAGUGGAAAGUUGGCUGUUGAUGGAUGAUGAUGAUGAUGAUCUCAGUGCUCCUGGUAUCAACCGUUCUUUGAACUCAAGCGAAUCCAUAUCUCAAACCAUUGCAGACCCAGAGAACUUUGCCGCUUUCCCUCCAAGCGAUGAAAAGGUCUACAACACUGAUUUCUUGCAAGAGUCUGAGGCCUGCAAUCGUGUGAAAAUGGCUGCACCGGGCCUUCCAAGCAACGAUUUGCAUUAUCAGAGUGUUGUCUCGUCAAUACUCAAGACCUCUCACCCAUUGAUUCUUGGACCGCAUCUCCGGAACUGUCGUCAGGAAUCCAGCUUCCUCAGCUGGAAGAAGGUGGGAUUCAUGCAGCAGCACUCUCAGAAUGUGAAGGUUGGGAUCCAGCAGAAAAUGUUAAAGAAGAUUCUGUUUGAUUUCCCACAGAAGCACAUCUACGGCUAUACACCAGAAAAUGGGUUUAUAGAUGGAGAUGUGAUAUCGGAAGCUGAUGAAGUUAGCAUGAAUCAAAUGUUAUCGGAGAGGAAACAGAGAGAAGUACUUGAUGAAAGGCUCAUGAUUUUAAAGUCAAUGGUUCCUUCAGUCAACAAGGUUGAUAGGGUAUCCAUACUAGAGGAGACGAUAAAGUACCUUCAAGAACUUGAAAGAAGAGUCGAGCAGCUGGAAACACAGCGACAGCAGAUGGAGCCAGAGGUAAUAAGCACAGAGAGGAAAAUCAACCAAAGAACUUCAUCAGAGAGAACAUCUGAUAAUUAUGGAAGCACCAAGAGAAAUGGCAGUGCCAGUAGGACAGUUGGAAACAAGAGGAAAGCAUCCGAGACGAAUGAAACGAGGCCGAAGAUCAAGGUCAAUAUUGCCACUAAAGGUGAUAAUGUGAAUGUCAGCAUGAACAUGAAGGGGCCUGUGAUCAAGGUCCAUUGUCCAUGGAGAGAAGGGAUACUGAUUCGGAUAAUGGAAGAGUUAACCCGUCUUCAUUUAGAUUCUCACUCAGUUCGAACAUCCACCUCUGAUGGAAUUCUCUCCUUAACCAUUGAAUCCGAGCAUAAAGGAGUGACUGGUGGUGGAGCAACAGCGUCAGCAGGAGUGAUCAAAAGGGCGCUUGAAAGAGUUGCUAUGGGGAAGAAGGACCUCUUAUGAUGUUUACUUGUUGUAGAUGGUGAUUAACUAGGUAGGUCAGUUUUAAGUUCUUAGUAAAACUCAAUUCUUUUGCCCCUGUUUUUGUUGUCCAUCCUUAUCCUCGGCUUCCCAGUUCAAGUCUAAUGGAAAUGCAUAGAGUAUUAUUCAACUUGUUGUGGCCUUGUGGGGAUCAGUUUUCUUCUGCCAUCGUCAGAUUCUGCAUGUGAAAAGAAAAGCUUACAAGAUUC